UUCCUGUUGAGUGUUUUGGCUGCAGCUGUUUCGCUAUGCGUUGUGUGUGAUGUGACCAGUGACUUGUGAUGAUGUGAAGAGAUCGCGAUUUCCACCUUUCCACGACAACAAAGAAUAUUAAAGAUAUGACUCCCAUGUGUGGUACCCAUCAUCAGUAAAAGCUGAUUUACACUGGUAGCCAUCCUAAUAGGAUUCAUUGAAGAUUGAGAUCAGAGGGACACUGUGUUGUUUGUUAAUUGAUGACGGCUCACCGUAAGACAUCUCGAUGUUUGACUGAGAUUGCACAAGGAUGAGAAUGUGAACAUCGGAGCUAGUGAAUACCAUUGCUGUACAGACUGUCCCAAUGGGAAAGUGCUUCUCUAGUUGCAGUGAGAAUGAUGGGUCAGACAGUCAUGGCAGAUCCAAAGCUGGGUUGCCUUUUCCAGACAAAAGCGCCACCCUGACAGCGCAGAGUACGUUGACUGAUACCGAGAGUGCCCCACCCCUUGUGCCCAAACGUGAACCGAUUAUAGCCUCAGCACCAACAACUCAACAACUUACCAUGGAACGGAUACAAUCUAAUGGCUCUCAUAUGCACUAUCAAGAUAAAGCUAAAGCAUCAUCAACUCGCAACGGAGUAGACAGUACACACAGACAGUCCAAGUCAGAUUUCUCAGAGAGUAAAGUCAAUAGGCUAUUUGAGAAGUACAAAGAUAGCUAUGAAGAUGCAAUCCUAGAUGAUGGAAUGGAAAGGUUUUGUCAGGAUUUACAGGUUAAUGCUGAGGAGUUUAUCGUGCUUGUCUUAGCCUGGAAAUUUCAAGCCUCUGCAAUGUGUCGCUUUACAAGAACAGAGUUUGUGAACGGGUGUCGCGCACUGAGAGCAGACUCCAUCAAAGCUAUUAUGAGUAAGUUCCAGGAACUCAUGAACGAAGUCAAAAAUGAAGUGACUUUUAAAGAUUUAUAUCGCUUCACGUUUAACUUUGGACUGGAUGUGGAAGGUGGGCAACGCUCCCUCCCUUGUGAUAUGGCAAUACCACUUUGGAAGCUUGUGUUCUCACAGAGAUAUGUCAAGAUACUAGAGAGAUGGUGUGAGUUCUUACUAGCUCAUCAAGUACGUGGUAUAUCAAGGGAUACUUGGCAAAUGUUUCUCAAUUUCACUGAAGUCAUUGGAGAUGAUUUGACAAACUAUGAUGACAACGAAGCAUGGCCAAGUUUAUUUGAUGACUUUGUGGAAUAUGAAAAUGAACUAUUGGCCAAGAAGCAAGAGGAAGACCAAAGGACAGCAAAUAUUGAUGAUGGUUAUGAUGAUGAAGAAGGUGUGAUGGUGUAACCAGACACAGCAAGAUUAAUACUUUCACAUCAUUUGUAUCUGAAGAAGAUUUAGUCAACAUACCUAACAAACAUGUACAUAAUGUAGAAUAGAUGGCGCAAGGAUGCAUUGUUGUUGCUAUCAACUCUCUAAUACUCAACAAAAAAGUCAUAUCAAACUUUAUCUUCAAGUACGCGCUAAUCCUUUGAUCAGAUUUCCAGAAUGGAGUGGUGAUAAAUACCUAUAUUGCAUGG